GGUGAUUUGACAGGGAUUAAUGGAUUAUUAACAAAGCCGUCUGCUGUCAAAGCCUCCAUUAUCAACAUUGAUUUGUGUUUAGUUGUUUUUUAUGAUGGUAUCUGAACUGGUGCCUUUGUCUCACUGUCAGUUAGCUGAUGAAGGAACAGAAAAAUUUUGAGAUCCAGCAACAUGAUGUUCAGAAUCUUCAGGAGCAGAAGAGUUGCAUCAAGGUGACCACUGUGUCUGGAGCAGAAAACAGGAGACGUAAACAAUUAACCUUCAUUUAACCUUUCCUCUAACCAUGCCUUCAAUUAUAUUCUCUUUUUGCUAGUUUUCUCACAAAUAUGAACAUUCCUUUAUCUUCCAUCCUCCUUGUGAUUUUUUCCACUAAUUUCUCUGGGUGGCUGCUCCUGCCUGUGGGAAGCUCACAUAUGUGCCCACUCCAGUGCAUUUGCUAUGAGCAUGCUGACCUGGUGGACUGCCGCAAUGGCAAAUUUGAACAUGUACCCAGGGGCCUCCCUCACGGUACGUGGCUGUUGAAGCUUGGAGGAAACAAUCUGAGCAUCAUAGAAACCCGAACCUUUAUUGGACUGUGGUCCCUGAGGGUGCUGGUGCUGACCAACAGUCAUAUCAAAGAGAUACAAGCACAGGCUUUUUUUUCUUUAUCCUUCCUUGAAAAGUUGGACCUCAGCUGGAAUCAGAUAAUGGCUCUCCCUGUGGACUUCUCCUCCAGCUUGUCUGCUCUCAAGGAGCUCCGACUCGAGCACAACAAUUUAAAUUAUAUAUCUGGAUUCAGCUUGGAACACUUGGACAACAUGGAAAAGUUGGACCUCAGUUAUAACCAGCUGGCAUCUGUUGGCCCUGGUGUGUUCAGGGGCCUCUCCAGGUUGAGACAGCUCUUUCUACACAACAACAGUCUGACAGUGGUGGAGCAAGGCAGCCUUGAUAUGCUGCCUGGACUUGAGGUGCUGCAGCUGAGUAACAACAACAUCUCCCAGAUAGACUCUGACGCUCUGGCUCCUCUCUAUAGUCUGGCGAUUCUUAAUCUGGAAGGAAACAACUUGCAUCACCUGAUGUUUAAGACCUUCAUCAAUCUUCACACAACAGCAACACAUAUUCAGCUUUCAGGCAACCCAUGGAGCUGCGACUGUGAGCUACAUCGUGUCUUCAGCAAGAUCUUACAUGUUCGCUACCUCCAUAUUGAUGACUACCGAAAUGUGACCUGCAAGGACCCCCCACAACUGAUGGGGGCUUCUCUGGCCUGGGUGGACAGCCAGCUCUGUGUUGCGGAGACGGCCACUGUCCUUGUAAUUACUGUCACUGUCCUGGUGACUGUGGUAGCAGCUGUGGUGAUGGCAGAGAGAAACAGGAAGAAAAGUCAUGGGAAGAACUGGGAUGCUGACUCACAUAGUCCCCCAUCUUAAAAAAAUGUUUUAUAACUCAUGUACAGUUUUUAUUCUAUUUGCUUUUAGUACAGAAAAAGAAGGCUGUAAAUAUAAAUCUAAGACUUAUGAAGACUGACUCUGGACCUGCUGCACUCUCUCCAGCAGUAGGAUAAUACUGUGUCAGGUUUCUUUCUCAUUUUCAAAAUCAGAACAGGCAGCUGGUCAGGCUGACUUCUUUUUACAAGAAGUCCACUGCAGGGUAGUUUGAGAAAGACAGAGUGCUACUGAAGUCCAAUAGUCAAACUUGAUGUUGCAACUGUCUCUGGACUCAUUAAAUAUGUGCAUGUGCUUAAAGCAGUGUGAUGGGGGUUUAGGACCAGAGACCCACCUACUCCAGUAUGACUCUAAUUAUUGAUAUGUAGGAUUUUCAGCUUUUUUGCCUAAUCACAGAAAACUUCGGCAUGCUAACAAGAAGCAGCUAGAAAUAUGUCUGUUCUAAUGGAUUAACUGGACAUGAAACUCACUCAGGCUUUAUCCACCUAGACAGCAGUGUGACUCUGUGCACCUAUAAUUUCCAAAUCAUCUCAGGCCUCACUUGUGGGCAUUGGGCGAUGUUGCCCCCCCACAGAGUCAACCUGUGCAGCAGCGAUGGAGACAUGCUUCUGUGGAGGGCUGUGCAUCCGUAUGUGUUAGAAUCAUAGCAACAAACCAGCAAAAGGCAAAGAACUUUGCGUCCUUUUCUGAACAAACCAAGUGAGUUGAGUAAUGUUGUCGGAUGCACAUGAAGUUAAUUAAACAAUAACUAGCUGUUAAAAAUAAGCUACUAGUUGUGUACAAGCCAGAACCAUUGCUGUACCCAAACAAAACAAAUACAGGAAAAAUUACCCAUAUUCAACUACUUAUAAAACCUUAGAAGAAAUUAUAAGUCAAUUAAGUUCAAGCUCCUGCUGUCUGGAUGUCCUACCCACACAUUUCUUUAAGAAAGUCCUGCCUGUUAUUGUUACUCAUCUGAUCCAAAUAGUAACUCAUCGCUUACAUCAGGUGUUUUCCCCCAGGCUUUGAAAACAGCAGUCAUCAAACCACUGCUAAAAAAGAACAAUCUGGACAAAUCACUACUGCAGAAUUACAGGCCGACCUUUGACCUCUGACCUCCCAUUCAUCAGCAAAGUUAUUGAAAAAACUGUGUGUAAACAAUUAAAUAGUUUCCUCAUGAUGACCAACUGCUUUGACUCUUUCCAAUAUGGUUUUUGUGCUCACCACAGCAUGGAGACUGGCCUAGUCAAAGUAUUCAACGACAUCCAUAUAAAUACGGACUGUGGGAGAACCACAGUGUUGGUUCUGUUGGACCCCAGUGCAGCUUUUGUCACUGUCGACCAUGACAUAUUACUCCGGUUCGGUGCUCGACUGGUUUGAAUCUUACAUAAAGAACAGGGAUUUCUUUGUUUCAAUUGGAAACUUCUCAUCAAAGAGGUCAAAGGUCACAUGUGGGGUACCCCAAGGUUCAAUCCUAGGACCCCUCUUAUUCAAUAUUUUUUAUAUAUUAUUUUAUUAUUUAUUUAUAUAUUUUAUAGGUUAUAACAGAAAAUAAUAUUAGCUACCAUAACUAUGCGGAUGACAUACAGCUCUACAUUACGAUGUCACCAGGUGAUCUUUGACCCCAUCCAAUCACUGAAUAAAUGCUUAGAACAGAUAAAUGUGUGGAUGUGCCAAAACUUUUUCCAGAUGAACAGAAACAAAACUGAACUCAUUAUUUUUGGACCUAAAGAGGAAUGAUCUAAAGUCAAUGCACAGCUUCAGUUAUUACUACUAAACCUGGGAGUAGUAAUGGACUCAGAUCUGAACCUUCAGACAGUUACAAAGUCGGCCUUCUAUCACCUGAAGAACAUCUCCAGGAUUAGAGGACUAAUGUCUCAGCCAGAUCUAGAGAAACUCAUCCAUGCGUUUAUCUUUAGUCGCAUUGAUUAUUGCAACAGCGUCUUCACAGGCCUGUCCAACAAAUCAAUCCUCCAGCUGCAGCUGAUCCAGAAGCUGCUGCUCCUGUUCUCACUAAAACCAGGAAGAUAGAGACAUAACAGCAGUUUUAAAGUCCCUCCACUGGCUCCCUGUAGCUCAAAGAAUAGAUUUUAAAAUACUGUUAGUUUAUAAAUCACUGAACGGUUUAGUACCACAAUACAUUAAAGAUCUGCUGUUGUUGUAUCAACCGUCCAGACUCUCAGGUUCUGGUUCUGGUUCUGGUCUGCUUUGCAUCCCGAGAACCAGAACCAAGAGAGGAGAAGCAGCUUUCAGCAUCUAUGCACCAAAAAUGUGGAACAAACUUCCAGAAAACUGUAAAACAGCCGAAACCCUGACUUCCUUUAAAUCUCAACUAAAAACACACCUGUUUAGAAUUGUAUUUGAAAUGUAAUAUGUAACAAUGUAUUGUUUAUUUUAUGUUGCAUGACUUUGUGUUUUUGUGUUUAUGAUGUAAAGCACUUUGAAAUGCCUUGCUGGUGAAAUGUGCUAUACAAAUAAAAUGUGAUUGAUUGAU